UCCUUCAUAAAUUAAUCGAUUAGUUUGUUCAAUUUUAAGAAAAAUGCCAAACUAUUUUCUUCAAAAGUAGAUAUAUAUAUAAACCAAAUCAAAAGGAAAGAAAUAUUCAAUGAAAGGCGGACAUGUUGUUCUGUUGUUAUUCUUCUUAGAAACAACUAUAAUUAUUGUUAUUUGUUGUUAUUGUGGUAAUCACUGGGAGAGAGAGAAAAAGAGGGCGCGCGAGAGAGAGGGGAAGAGAUGAACAGAAAACAAAACAAAAAAAGAAUAACCAUGAAAAGAAUAUAUUCUUCACCUGUUUACAUACUGAUUCAUUGUGACAUCAAUGAUUUCUUUUCAUAAUCUAUUCAAUCAUUAUCAGCAUAAUUCUAUAAUGAUAUUGAAUUGUUUUUUCAAUUACUCCGAUUAUUAUUAUUAUAAAAAGUAUUUUUUGACUGAUUGAUUGAUCGAUUAAUUGAUUGAUUAAUUGAAAGAUAAACAAGGUGACAGAAAUAUUUAUUAUGAUGUCAGGAAAUUAUACAUCAUCAUCAUCAUCAUCACCAUCACCAUCAUCAUCAUCAUUACCAUCAUCAUCACCAUCAUCAUCUAAUCAAUGGAUAGGAAAUAAAUCAUUCUAUAUACGUGAUAAUACUAAUCCAACCUUACAACAUAUUAUAGGAAGUUGUAAUUAUGAACCAUUUUUUAAUUAUAACACUAGACUAACUUCAAAAUCAUAUAAUCAUUCACAAAAUCGUUAUGAUACAUUGUAUCAUUCGAAACAACAACAACAACAACAACGGCAAAAUGAUGCAUUCAAUUGUAAUAUGCCAAGAAUUGUAUUAUCACCGCCGCCACUGCCACCGCCACCGCCACCGCCACCGCUACCACCACAGAUUCAAAAAUCAAUUAGAAAUUAUCAACCUAUGAAUGAAACAUAUUGUAUACCUAAACAAUCAUAUUCACCAUUAAUUAUUCAAAAUAAAUUAGACACAGAAAAACGUAAUCAUUCUUAUUAUAAAUCAAUGAUAAAACAACAAAAUUCAUAUAAUCCUAUUCAAUAUACAAAAUCAUCAAUACAAAUGAUCCCGGAAACAAUAUUAUCAAUGAAUCGAUUAAAUAAAAAUCCAAUCAAUCAAUCUAGAUCACAAUUGAAUCCAUAUUUAUCAUCUUAUAGAUCAAAUCAACUAAAUGAAACUCAAUUAAAAUCAUCUUUGAAUGUAUUCAACUCAAAACGAAUAGUAUUACCAGAGAUACCUCAUAAUUCUAUAAUAAAUACAAGUCAUAUAAUGAAUCCACAAAGAAGAACUCAUUCACCUAUAAAAUGUAAUGUAUUAGAGAAUAAUAAUAAUAAUCAUAAUAAUAAUAAUGAACCGGAUAUUUGGAAUAUUGGUUCAUCAACUGGAAUUGGACAAUCAAAAUCUCGAAUAAUUAGAUCAUCAUUAUCUAAUCAAAAAUAUAAAUUAUUCAAUACAUCAAAACAACACUUAACUCUAUAUCAUGAUGAUAUGAAUAUGAAUCUAAUGUAUUCAGAUAAUGGUAAUAGUUUAAUUAAUACAGAUGAUGAAACUGUUUCAUUAAAUACAAUAGAUGAUAAUCAUAAUAAUGAAGAGAAUAUGAAGUUAUUAGAUAGAUAUUCAAAUUCAUUAAAACAAUUUCAUGUAAAUAAAUAUGAAUUAGAUGGUUCAACUAAAACAUUGAUUCCAUCUAAUCAAUUACAACAACCAUUUAGUACUUCAUGUAAAUCAUCAAUACAUUGGAAUAAAAGUCAAACUAAUCAUUUAUUGAAUCAAAAUUUGAUUCCUUCAGACUAUAAAACCGAAACAAAUCUACCUUUAAAUAUUCAACCAAAUAAUAUACCGGCUACUGUAAACUCAUCUCAAUUUCCAUCUUCAUCAUCAUUAUCAUCAUUUUAUGAUCAACCAACUACACUUAUUAAAACAUAUGGAGAUGAUGCUGGUGAUAAAUGGACAGUUUAUUAUCGUAAUCCAAAUAUUCCUAAUGUUCAUAUUGAAUCAAUAGAUGAUAAUAAUAAUAAUAAUAAUAAAACAACUCAAUUACAUGAUCAUUCUAUAUUAAAUCAAUCUAAUUCAUAUAAAACACUUUCACAAUAUUCAAACGAAUAUUCUUCACAAAUCAAUAAUCAAUUAUUAAUACCCGAUCAAAAAGAUGGAAUACCAUUAAAACAAAUCAAUAAAAUAGUAACUAUGGAAAAUAUCACGGAUAUAUCUAAAAAGAAACGUAAAAAAUAUCGAUUUUAUUCAAUAAAACAAACUGAAUAUCUUAUUGAAGCAUUAGAAUCAUUAACAAAUUCUAUAGAAAAGAAUAAUAUUAAUCUUGAAUUAGAAUUAAAGGAUAUUGAUUUAGAUAAUAAACAAUCAUUAUUGAUGUUACAAAAUACCGAUAUUAAUUUACAUAGAAAUUCAUCAUUAACAACUAAAUUACGUCCAAAAAGUUUCAAUACAAAAUAUGGUAUUAUUAAUCGUCAUGAAUAUAAACGUAAAUCAGCUGGUUUAAAUCAUACAGAUGAAUUGAAUCAUAAUCGAAUUGAAAAGGUUGCUGUUGAAGUACGUGUAGUAUUUUUAAAAAUUGGUGAAAUUGAUACAUUGAAAGAAUUAUAUUAUGCUGAUGCAUUUCUUCAAGCCAAAUGGAGAGAACCAAAACUUGAUGGACAUACAGCUGAAGAAUUAAGUAUUACUGAAUUGGAACAAUAUUGGAAUCCUUUAUUGUAUAUUGAUAAUAUAUUAAGUGAAACAAAAGAUACUCAAUGGAUAAUGGCUGUACGAAAUGAAUAUGGUGAAGUUUAUUUAAUGGAACGUAGACGUAUUAAAGGUGUAUUUUUAGAAACUUUAGAAUUAAAUGAUUUCCCAUUAGAUGUACAGGAUUUAACUAUUACUGUGACAACAGAACGACCUGAUACAGAAGUUGAUAUUAUUCCUGAUCAAGUAGAAAUGUCUGCUAUCAAUAUACAAACAUUUGUUGAUCAACAAGAAUGGAAAUUACAUGAACAUGUAGAGAUUAAAAAACGAAUUAUUAAACAAGAAUAUUCUAGUUCAAUGAAAAGUCAUCCAUGUUUAUCGGUAACAUGUCGAGCAGCUAGACGACCUGGAUAUUUUUAUUGGAAUGUAUUUCUUAUAAUGUUCAUGAUUUCUGGUUUGGCAUUUGCUACAUUUGCUGUUUCACCGGAUAAAGCAGAACUUCGUCUACGUUUAUCAUUUACAUUAAUUCUGACCAGUGUCACAUUUAAAUAUGUGAUUACACAAAGUUUACCAAAAAUUUCAUAUUUAACUUAUAUGGAUAAGUAUGUUUUAAUGUCGUUAUUCAUUCUGUGCAUAAUCAGUAUUUGGCAUGCAGUUGUUACAUUGAUUGGUUUAGAUUUUGAUUUACCCGAUUCACCUGGAUUUGGAUCAUCUUUACCUAGUACUUCUACAACUACUACUACAAGUACUACUAAUACUACUGCAACUACUACAUCUGCUAUUAUUUCACCGAAUUUAAAUGUAAAUACAACAAAUCAAAGCCCUAGAUUAUAUUUUCCUAAUCAUAAUAAAUCAGAAUCAAUACAGUCUAUUCCUAAUCAUUCUCAAAUGAAAAUAUCAAAUUACAAAUUUUCAAAUACAUCUCAACUAUCAGAACAAAUGAAUAAUUCAGAUGUAUUACCUUCAUUGCAUAAUCUCUCAUCAUUAUCUCCAUUGUCUUUGUUAUCUACUCCGUCUAUGUACAAUAAUCUAUUACAGAAUGAUUCCUUUACACUAUUAUCUAAAACAGGAACGGCAACACCUGUUAAUCAAACAUUCAACUCUUUAUUAAAAGAACAAAACAAUGGAUGUAGUCGGACUAAUCGUAUGGCAUGUUCCGAUUGGAAAAUGGUACAACAAAUAGAAAAACAUGUAUUCACAUCAUUUGUUACAAUUUAUAUAUUGGCACAUGCAAUUUUUAUAUUUUGGCUUUAUUUCGAUGCAAGUAGACGUAGACGAGAAAUGACUCAGAAGGAUAAAGAUUAUAGGGCAUUUUUACAACGUAAUCGUCAAUGGCAAAAUAUAGAGAAACCAAAAGAUAUGCAUGCAACUAAUCAACAUUCAUCAAUUUGA